CUCCCUGUGUGCGGCUCGUUGACAUCUUGGAGUGUGUCCGUCGCUCCGGGCUUCGGAUUUAGGGGAGGUGAGCUCAGAGCCAAGAGGGAGGAAACCGUUCAGUCUGAAACCCCCAAAUGGAGGGGCUGUUCCCCUCCCUGGGCCAGAGCUUCUCGGUUCCGCAGUCAGCCCUUUUCUCUGACUAGUUUGAACCGCAGAACCUCUGCUCUGUUAGCGGUAGGAGUUCGGGCCAGCCCUCCCUCCUCCCAUCCCAUUUUUGCACGGGAAACCUUCCUUGAUUUCACGUCUGCUAAAAGACCAAGAAGAGAGAUUUCUUCUUUCUGAAUGCCUUGUGGAGGAUCCUGUACUUUCUAUUUUCUAUGUAUCUUCUUCCCACAUCUUCGUUUUCAUCAUGAAGAUUAAAAUGAAGAGAUAAAUUUCUAUGGAAAUCCUGCCAAAGAAGAUGAAGAAAAACAGAGAAAGAUUCUGCAACAGAGAGAGGGAAUUUGUGUAUAAAUUCAAAGUAGGAAAUCAAUGUUUAGAACUUAGGGUGCCCCUCAGAUUUCCUGUUCAAGAGAAUGCCAGUCAUUUACAUGGACGUCUGAUGCUUCUGCACAAUUUGCCAUGCUUUAUAGAAAAAGACUUAAAAGAAGCUCUGAGGCAGUUUAUACAAGAAGAAUCCCUCAGAGAUUAUGAUAGAGAUGCUGAAGCGUCCCUGGAAGCUGUGAAGGCAGGUGAAGUCGAUCUACAUCAGCUGGCAAGUACGUGGGCCAAAGCUUACGCAGAGACUACCUUAGAGCACGCGAGGCCUGAAGAGCCCAGCUGGGAUGAAGACUUCGCAGAUGUGUACCAUGACCUAAUCCAUUCUCCUGCCUCGGAAACUCUCCUAAAUUUGGAACAUAACUACUUUGUUAGCAUCUCAGAACUGAUUGGCGAAAGAGAUGUGGAGCUGAAGAAAUUACGGGAGAGACAAGGUAUUGAAAUGGAAAAAGUGAUGCAAGAAUUGGGAAAAUCCCUGACAGAUCAAGAUGUAAAUUCACUGGCUGCUCAGCAUUUUGAAUCCCAGCAAGACUUAGAAAAUAAAUGGUCAAAUGAAUUAAAACAAUCAACUGCCAUCCAGAAGCAAGAGUAUCAGGAGUGGGUGAUAAAACUUCAUCAAGACCUAAAAAACCCCAACAACAGCUCCCUCAGUGAGGAAAUUAAAGUUCAGCCAAGCCAGUUCAGAGAAUCCGUAGAAGCAAAUGGAAGGAUUUAUGAGGAACAGAGAAAGUUAGAAGAAAGUUUUACCAUUCACUUAGGAGCCCAGUUAAAGACCAUGCAUAAUUUGAGAUUGCUGAGGGCAGAUAUGCUGGACUUCUGUAAGCACAAAAGAAAUCAUCGGAGUGGUGUGAAACUCCAUCGACUCCAGACAGCACUGUCACUUUAUUCCACAUCUCUCUGUGGCCUGGUUUUACUAGUAGAUAAUCGAAUUAAUUCAUAUAGUGGAAUUAAAAGAGAUUUUGCCACAGUUUGCCAGGAAUGCACUGACUUCCAUUUUCCCCGGAUUGAAGAGCAACUGGAAGUUGUCCAGCAGGUGGUACUUUAUGCUAGAACCCAGCGCAGGAGUAAGUUGAAAGAAUCACAUGAUUCUGGAAACCGAAAUGGAGGAAGUGAUGAUAAGACUAAAAAUUCUGAUAGAAACUAUUUAAAUAUUUUACCUGGAGAAUUUUACAUUACACGGCAUUCUAAUCUCUCAGAAAUCCAUGUUGCUUUCCAUCUGUGUGUGGAUGACAAUGUGAAAUCAGGAAACAUCACUGCUCGUGAUCCUGCCAUUAUGGGACUCCGAAAUAUACUCAAGGUUUGCUGUACCCAUGACAUCACCACAAUAAGCAUUCCUCUCUUGCUGGUACAUGAUAUGUCAGAGGAAAUGACUAUACCGUGGUGCUUAAGGAGAGCAGAACUUGUGUUUAAGUGUGUCAAAGGUUUCAUGAUGGAAAUGGCUUCAUGGGAUGGAGGAGUUUCUCGGACAGUGCAAUUUCUGGUACCACAGAGUAUUUCUGAAGAAAUGUUUUAUCAACUUAGCAACAUGCUCCCCCAGAUCUUCCGAGUGUCUUCAACACUUACCCUAACAUCCAAGCACUGAACCCUUACAGACUGACAGGCUGGCGGGAGAGGACUGGUAAACGCUCCAGGAACGUGAGCUGCGCUGGGAUUCUGUCGAGCAGAAGAUGCCCAGAAAGGGAACUUCCUGCCCAAAUCACACAUCCAAUCAUAUGUAUCUGUUAAACAUUCCAAAAAUUCGUGUACUGUGCAGACUAGUGAUCAGCCCCUUACUUACGCGUUUAUUCUUAAAGUUUCUUUAUGAAAGAAAUGUCUCCUUUUCCUACUGUUGUGUCCCGUCUGUGAAUAUGAGUGAGGAUAUCACACAUGGACACUUGAUGGAGGACACUGUUUACGACGCUUUCGUGGAGACAUUUGACUUUUCCACAAGGUUUGAAUAUAUCAGAUGCAAGGCUUAAUUCAGCAUACAAAUCAAAUCUUCCCUCUACCUUAUUUGCCAAGUGAAAAUUAAACGGCACUGAAAUAGACAUUGCAAGUAUGGAUUUCUUCUGAAAAUCUUUUUCUAGAAACAAAUGUAUGAGGCAAAUGUGCUUAUUCUUUGAAAUUUUCCAGUUUCAAAAAUUUGCUUUUAAUGUACUUUUUCUAAGGUUUUGUAAGUUAAAAGUCAGAAAAAGACUGGAUUCUUUACCUCUGUCUCUUCUUCCUUACGUGACCUUGGUCUUCUCUAUUAAUAACGUUUUUCAUGGGCUGGGAAAAUAGUGUGCUGCUUCACAGGCUGAUGGAGAAUUCGUCUGAGCCAGCACCUACAGUAUUUUAGUGCUCAUCAGUAUUGUGACAGUCAGACAGUGAGGGUCAUUUUUAUUUCUCCAUCCUGCUUCCUGCAAUCUCAGCUUCCCUAACCAUUCUUCCACUUCUUGCAUCUCUCUGCUGAUAACUAUGUCCCCAUUUCUGUCUGUGCUCUGUUUCGCUCCUCUUCCUUUGUCUUUCCUUGUAGCACUCCUUUCUCAGAUGCUGUGUAUCACUUGUUGCUAGGAGUGGUGACUACAUUCAACAGAGGCAUUUACCAAGGCAUAGUUUCAUCAGAUCCACAUUGGAUGGAUGCUGUAACCAGCCAAUGGAAUGAAAUGGAGGACACUUGAUGUCACAAUAAGGUGGUAUAUCUUGAUUCCAAGAAACAGAAAUAACUAAAUAACUCUAAUUUCUUCUCUAAAUAACUUAGAGAAACUCUUGGCAUGCAAAAUGAUCUCCCAUGACAGAAUGUUCUUGAUUUUCGACUCAAGGAAACAAUUGUGCAAGUAACAACACUAGGGAAAACACUCACUGCAGACUUGUCCGUUAUACACAGACACUUUCCAAAGCCUUUGCCAGGGAGCCUGGUGAUGCCACCAGGAAGUUAGAGAUUCUGCCCUUAAGGUGAGAAGUUGUCUUCUAGGCACAAGUUAUCACUGAGACUCAUUCUAACGCAAAGCAAGGCAGACAGAGGUAGGAAAUGUGCUAGAGCGACGUCGAGACUGUUUUAGUUCAUAAUAUGAAAGACUGACGUGGAGGUGGGUGUAGUGGGAUCAAUAAAAGGCAUUCAAAAAGAGGAAUGGAGAAUCUUUCUACAGAAUUCCUGUAACUAAGUGUACACCAACAGCUUUUGAAGGCUGCAGCCGGGUGUCAGGAUGUAGGAGUCAGGGUUCAUUCACGGAAGCUUGGUGAAUGCUGUGGCCCAGCCCUUCGUUUGUCACCUCAAGGCUGUUUUAUUAAGAUCUAUAAAGUGGUGGCUUUCACCCCAGGGCAACUUAAAGGUACUAUUUGGCCUGUGACAUCAAGAUCAACUUCGGAAGUAUCCGUUUUGCAUGGGGUACUACAUUACGAGAUGUACAGAAGUGGUAAGAUUGGAAAAGUCAUGCUUAGGAUGCACAAACCACCGAUAGGAAGACACACCAAACACUAAGUGAUAACAAGUGUGUAGCAUGCUAACUGGUGGGGAUUUUGGUGACCGAGUAGAUGAGGAAGCCUGGAGUUUCGUGUUUGGACCCGAAUGGAAUGAAGGGAGGCAGUGAUGAAAGGCCAGUAGGUUGAAAGAAGCUGACCCCAAGAGCCUUCUGGCAGUUGAGGGCCCUGGGCCUUUGCACAGACGUGGGUGAGGAGUUUCUCAGUGAGCAUGAAGUUUUCUAUCUGAAGAGACAGUGAAGUAUUCCCAGGACAUGACAAUAUGGUCCUCCAGUCCUUAAAAAUACACCUUGGAAAUCAGCCAGGGGCAUUGAGACAGUUCUCCAUUCUGUCCCGCUCUUUCCUCCCCGUGCCCCAUUUCUGUUCUCAAAGCACAAAACCAAGCAUGGCUAUAACCUUGCCCUUGAUCAGGAAGUGUGGCACCAGCUGUUCCUCGGCAUGACAGUGUGGCCGGAAUGGAAGAAAUGCAUGAAAAAGAAUUUCAGCGGAAACACAAGUUAGCUUGCCUGGGAUUUGGCGGCUCUCUUAUUGGCACAGUACACUGUCAUUUGUGUCACUUCACUUGGGUCCUGGCUAAUUCUCACAAGAAGAAAAAUGUUCCACAAAGGAAAGAUGAAUUCAUGGAAACAUUCCUGUUCUAGAGGCCACAAGGAGAAUCAGCAGAGCUGUGUUGAAAGAACUGGCGAAGCUUGGAGAGCAGAGCCUCUGGGCUAUUUUUCAGUGUCUAGGUGAAAAUGGUUGCUUUUCUGUUACUUACUUUUCCCAUUUAGAUGAAACUGACUGCUUUGCUCAGAAGUCACAGCAGU